AUGCAGCAUCUGACACUUCUCGUCGCUGCGCUGGCGGCGUUCUCGACUGCUGCGCCGGUUGACACCACUGCUGUCCCAUGCACAGACCCAUACGAGGAGCAUAUGCGUAACGCUUCCACAGCCUUCGGCUGGCAACUCGCUGGUGCAGCAAAAGACACAGACGAGCUCGACACCACCUGCAACGGCCUCAAAGAUGGCGCCUACACCAAAUGGUCCAACCAAGGCCUGGUCGUCGACAACAUCGCUGCCCCUCUCUGCAACACCUCAACCGCCCCCAACGCCGAACUCGCCCUCCCAAAAGUCGUCCUCUACAACACAAAAGUCUACGCCACCCUCCUCCUAAACUCCUUCGACUCCACAAACCCCACAGUCUGGAACUACCUCUGCGAUAACCUCCGCUUCAAGCAAAUCGAUGCCUUCCUCCUCGACUCCUCCGCUCUCAUAAACUCCACCUGCAACGCCGGCUCCACCAAACUUGGCCCAAACCCCUUCACAGCUCUCGGCGAGCGCAACCUCUCUGCCCUCGCGGACUAUAAGGAAGCCUCGAGUAAACUGUUUGCGUGGGAGUAUGCCUCUUCCGCCGCGUCGCCGGAGGAGCUUAGUGGUAUGUGCACGUAUGCGGGCGCGAAUGGGAGGAAGUGGGAGAAUUUACAGUUGGAUCCACAGUGUGUGGAGCAGACGUUGUGUAGUUUUCAGACGGUGUUGAAGGUGCCGGAUGUGAAGGCGAAGAUGAGGGAGUGGAGGAGUAGGCAGUAUGUCACGGUGCUCAGGAAUGUGAGCAAUGCGCAGGGGUAUUUGCAGUGGUUGUGUAAGAAUCUCAAGGCGGAGGCUAUGAGUGAGGCGGGGUUGGAUGGGGAGUUGGUGAAGGGGCAGGUUUGUCGGGGAGUUCAGGCAUAG